AUGUAUUCCGAUGCCACCUUUUCCAAGGAGGACUUGGAAAACCACUGCCCCAAGCUCAUCGAUACGGUCACUUCAAUUUGGGCACACCACCUUCGCCAGAACACGAAGGAAGACGAGGUCCUGACAAACCUGAGACUCAGUCUGCGGGGGUCUUUGAGGAAGGCCGCAAACGUUGUGCAAAUGGCAGCCAUGGUGAGGAAGCUGCUGAUGGAAGGAGGGACUGACUACAUGUCCUUCGUUCGUAGAUGGAACGUCCAGACGGUGGCAGCGCACCAGAUUAAGGGGAGGAAGGGGAUAGCACUGAAGCUUCUCUUCGAGUCCGCGCCGAAGGACGUCCUUGAUGCCAUUUUGCAGCACGUGGGGCUGAUGGGCUGGGCUGACUGUGCAUGGAAUGAAGAGAAUUUGGCAAGCCGAAAGCUCUUCCCAGGCCAUCAGUACCCUUCCAAGUGCAGAAAGUGGUCUUCACGCCUGCGAGUCUCUGAGGAGUCUAUGCGGCUCAUGGUGUCUCGGGCUCAUUGGGUACAAGAGCAUGCGGCGGCAGGCGUGAAACUGAAGGGCAGCCAAGCGUCGAUGGAAAGCUUGGCCGAGAAGGCUGCGUGUCUUGUUGCCUUUAGCAAGGAGUUCUGCAGCGAGCACCCAGUCAGCGUGGCCACCGUCCAGGAGAAGAUCUUGCGUGAGUGGGCGCAGGGCAACGAGAGGAUUGAUAUGGAGCUCUCAGCCGCCCUGCUCGAAAAGUCUGAGGCCUUUGUGAUUGCUGUGGGCUUCCCUUCUUUCAAGUCUAUCCUGGAUGAGUCGAUCUUCACUGCGCCGGUGAGUUCUUCUCAGGAGGUUGACCUGCGUGAUGCUUUGAAGAAGGACGAGUUUGAGCAUGUGAUCAAGAAGUUGGAUUACGACCGAAAGGUCUUCGAGAUUUGGAAGACUAAGUGUGCAGGAGUUGGGUUAGCCAGAAUGCAUGCCAAGCAGGAGCACAUCGUGAAUGAACACCGGAAGGUUGUCCAGACUGUUGAGAACUACGUGGAAGGCUGCGUGCGGUUCUUGACCUGGGAAGCCCACAAGUCUGCCGACAGCCUCAUCCCUCAGCUCUUGAACUUCCGGAUGGAAGCCUUGAAGAAGUUGCGCAACCAGCCGCAACCAGGAUCUGUGAGUGAUGUCCCAUCCCUGGUUCUCAUCAAUUGGACUGCGCCCUGCUUGUUGCCAGCGCAGCGCCAGAAAGACCAUGCCAACGUUUUGGCGUGGGCGCUUCAUGACAACGCCAACAGCUGUGGCAUCAUCCUGUCACCCACCUUUUCGUACCAGAAAGGCAAGACAAGUCUAGAGGAACACGCUGCCUUGAAUGUGCUCGCGCAAAUGGGCUUCAAUUUGGACUACCAGUUCAGCCUCCUUUAUGCUGAGCGGUGCGACCUCCGGGACGCAAGGCCCCUCCUGUACCCAGCACGUUUUGCAUUUCCUUCGCAUUUGGUAGACCUUGCAAAGUCAAACGCUUUCUUCCAGUCAGACCUCAGAAAGUCUGGAAGGACUGAGCCUGUGAAGCAAUUGCCUGCGAAGGAUUUGAAAGAAGUGGAGGACAUGGCUGAUGACUCAGUACCCGCUUCCUGCAGCAGUGGCUUCGUCACAGGUGCAGCCAAGCAUUGCCAGGUUGGAGCUCCAGCCGCUGAGGAAAUCCUCAGAAAGCUGUUUUCUGGUGUGGAUCUGGUCCCAACACAGACGCCUGCGGUGCUCGUCAUUGACCUUUUCCCAAGGGUCGGAGAUUUUAGUCAGGCAUUUUGCAAGCUUCGCAACUCUUUGACCUCUACAGCCUCUUUGUUCCAUGUGGCCGUGGCGGAGAAGGGCAAGGAGGUGGACUGGUUGCGGGCCACUUUGGUGGAAGACCUCGUCGACAAAGUCAAAGCUGAGCAGUUUCAAGUGCCAGGCCAACGCCCUUUCCAGAAGGAAGUCAGUGCAGAUUUGCUCGAGGCUUUGCCUGCCCUGCCCGUCAUGAACCUGCUGGUAACUACUGGUGAAGGGGACGAGAAGAAGUUGAAGAUCCCCAGUUCUUUGGUCAAAAAGUGGAGCUGUGACGAAGACUUUGCCCAAGUCUUUUCGAAGUGGCUGGAUGAGUUCUGCGAGGUUUACUCGGUGGCCGAUGAGACUGAGAACACUUCUUCGCCCAACAAAAGAGGAGCAGAAGGCCAAGAUGCUGCCAGUCAGGCCCAGCCAUCUCCCAAGAAGUUGAAAUUCGACGAGGUUGGCGCAGAGCAUUUGACGCCAAACGACAAGAUCUCUGAGACGCUUCUUGUGGAAUGUAAGCUUGGGGGAAAGGAUUCUUUGAACUUCCAAGUUCGAACUGGCAACCGUGCCUACUUGGUCAACCUGACAGGAAACGAGAUAUCGCUGAAGCCUUAUGCUGCUUUGGUUGGUUUCGGCCGUGGUGCUUUCAAGCUUUUCAAGGGGGACGACGUGGUUCCUGAGAAAGCAGUGAUCUUCACAAUGGGCCCAGACAGCUUGGUUUCUGUCAACGGUGUGAUCAGCAGUGUCAGUGAGGCCUUGACAAAGCAGCGGCAGACUAAGCCUGACGCAGCCGUUUGCUACCACAAAGCAAACCCCGUUCCGGAGAAGCCAGGUGAGUUUACAUUCACGCAGACCCACAAGGUUGGCUUUGUUCCUCCUGGGAAGAAGGAGGGUGCCCCAGAGGAAACCGUCACUGCCACCAACUUGGCAGCCCGUGUGAGCAUGUCUUCAUUCCAGAGCCUGCAUUGCGUGGCCUUCGUGUGGCAUAGCAAAUGGACAGUGAAAGGAUUACAACCCAUCAAGCCCAUGCUGCACCUUGUGAAGGCACUCGCGUUGACGCCGGGCACUGCUUGCAAGCUGAACGCUUAG